AUGGGUCGGAGUUCGGGGGGAGAGGGAGGGGCGGGAGGAGGAGAAGGGGAGGCGGAUGGCGGUGGCAUCGAGGAUUGCUCGCCGGGGACCAUCGUGUGGGUACGGCGACGGAACGGCUCCUGGUGGCCUGGGAGGAUACUCGGGCAGGACGAGCUUCCGGCGUCGCAGGUGGUGUCGCCCAGGACAGGGACUCCGGUCAAGCUACUCGGGCGCGAGGAUGCAAGCAUAGACUGGUAUAACCUUGAGAAAUCAAAACGUGUUAAGGAAUUUAGGUGCGGGGAGUUUGAUGCUUGUAUUGAGAAAGCAAAGUCCUGUCAACCUGUAAAGAGAAGAGAAAAAUAUGCUCGUAGAGAAGAUGCUAUUCUUCAUGCUCUUGAAUUGGAGAGAAAGCAGCUUGUAUCGAAGUACCAGAAUCAAGGUUUCAGGGGGAGGGAGUUCGAUAAAUUUGCUUCAGAAUAUUACUCAAAAAAUAAUGUGCAGGAACCUCCGUUGCAUUUGCAAAGCUCAGCAACUCAACAGCGCGUAGAUCUCAGCACCACUCGUUACAAAAGCAAAAAGAGUAACAAAGGGAAAGGUAAUAACUCUGUUCUCCUUGGUGAAACAAAAGAGUGUGAGCAGAAGUUCAUUUAUGCUGGUUCAAAGAGAAACUUGUCAGGAUCUCUUGUUUUGGAGGCUCCAGGGAACACUCUCAGUAAUCACGUUAAUGGGUAUUCUCAUCUUGGACAUACGCAAGGAGGGCCAAGUAUAGAGAGCGGCGAGGAAAAUGCGGCCCUGAAAAGAAGAAGAUUGGAGGAAGGCCUUUUUGAAGAAUCUGUUGUAAAGAAGCAUGAUAGAUGCAGGCCACUUGCUCAAGUUAAACAGAAGACUCAUUCUUUUCUGUGCAAUGAUGAUUUUGGAACUGUUGGAGUUGAAGGAGGGAAGGAUCAUCUGCCUGCUAUCUGUCAGGACAAGAGAAGUGGCUCCACAUACCCCUCUAGUGAUUUUGGGGAUGCACAUAACCGUGACUCUCUUCUUGCUAAGCAAAUAAUUUUAACAGAAGCUCAUCGUGAGACUGAUAGUUACCCAAAGCAACAAGAUACCAUUCCCCAAGAGCAACCAUUUCCCAACUUUGUUGAGAAGCAUGAAUCUGAUUCCUCAGCGAGUGAAUGCUCAGAAACUGAGACAGAAGAUGAUGCUGAACUUUUGCAAAGGUAUGCUAAGAUACAAUCGCCUGAAGCAGAUGCAUGUGAUCCUAGUUCCCUCCACCCCCAGGCUUCUAAUAAGUUAAGGCAUGCAAAUGAUAUCGACGACGAUGUUGAGGUGGCCUUUUCUACUCAUAUUCCUCAACUAAAUGUCUUAGAAGACGAGGAUGGUUCUUCUGAGUUAGGUGUCUCCCAGUGGCAUAUGAAAGGUAAACGCAACCAGAGGAGUGCAUUGAAGAGACCAAUUGGUAAGGAAGAUGAAAAUUUGUCAUUAGACAACUCCAAUAGUUUCAUGAAAGGGUCGCUGAAAAUGGCCAAUGAAGUUGACUCUAAAAUGGAGAAUAUUGGUGCAUCCAGCCAUCAACCGUUCGGUCAAUUUCUUUUGGAGAACCAAGAUUUUGAUUAUGAUUCUGAUGAAACAGAUUUUGUUGACAAGGCUGCGAGUUAUCCGGAACUUGACACAUAUUAUGGUAAUGAUUACCCCUCAUCUUCGAGACCUACCAGAGAUAAUGGGCAAAGUUACACUUUCAAUGACUCAGAAAUUCCCUGCAAGGCUUCUCUGCUCAAUAAAAAUGACGAUCAAAUAUACUCUCUUGGUCGGAAGGCAUGCAGGGAAGGAUCUUCACAGUAUCAGCGAAAUAAUGGCUCACAUCUUGGUUCCAUCAGCCCGUUGUUCAAUGUUGAGUUGAAGGUACAGGCUAACUAUCAAGGCGAGCAUGUCCCAUUGGUUUCUCUAAUGAGCAGACUGAACGGCAAAGCUAUAGUUGGACACCCUAUCAUAGUCAAUCAAAUUGGAGACGGUUCAGCAGAUAGUCUUGUUUUUGGCAGUGAUCUUGUUCUGGAACAAAGUGCAGCAGUUGCACCUGCUUGGAGAACAGGCAGAAGGACUGCUAUGCCAAGAGUUCCACGUUCUAAUUCAUCACAAGCAACCUUGGAUAUGAAAGCUCCCUUUGAUAGGUUUCAUGCUCCUCCCAGUCAGCAGGGAGCCAGGCUUGCUAAGAAAAACAUCUCCAGUGUCCAGAGGCCAUUUCUACAGAAAUCUCAAAAGAAAUCCGGAACCAAGAAAGGAAGCUCACCAAGCAUAAAAAGUAGAGCCCCUUUGCCCGUUUCCAUUGGAAAAAAGAAUCGCAGAGAAGGUGGCCAAGGGAAGGCACAUAGACGCAGUGAUAUUCUGGGUGGUUUGUUAAAAUCAGAAGGAGCAAUUCCACUGGUCACAUGCGUCCCUGUAAAGGUUGUGUUCAGCAGGAUAAUGGAAGCAGUUGGUAGGCCAUCUCAAUCUCUUCCUCACCGUGUGAGAAAGGCUGGUCCUGCCAUAAGGGAUCCACCAUAGGUCAUGGCUAUGCUAGUACAUAUGGUUGGCAUAGUUUGACCUGGCUCAGGCUUGCAGCUAUUGUAUGUACAUUUUUCUGGUACUGAAGGAGCAAACUGUUCAUACAUCAAAACUGCUGAUCUCUUGACUGUUCGGUGGCUGGUGUAAAGAUGGAGAACUGCUAAUGUGUAGCAAUCCGAUGGAUGUCCCUUGCAGAGUCGAGCCAAUCACCUCCAUGAAGAGGCUUCUUCAAAGGGGGACAGCCAGAACGGUGGCCAGCAUUUGGAUUGGUGGUCAAAGUUCUAACUUCAGCAUUUUAUAUCCCGUGUCUAUAUAGUUAGUCAGUCUUCGUUGUUGCAUACAUAGCCAACAGUCGAUAGGUUUUGUUGUGGUGCCAUGUAUAUAGUGGCUCAGCUAUAUUCAGAUCGUCACCUGUUUGUCCAGAAGCAUAUGUAGGUUACAGUUAGUCGAUGCAGUAAACCAGAAUACCUCAAAUGUUACUAUGAACAUCUAGCUUAAAGUUACAUGUUACAAAACCUGCAA